UUGGUUUCAGUUUUACAACAAAAAUGUAUUUUGGAUUGUGUGUGAGAGUUCUUGUGAUCUCACUCUUGAUUUUUGGGCAGCAAGCAAAGGCACUCAGCUACAGAAGUGGAGGCUCCAGUGGCAUUACACCUCACUUUGAUUUUUCAAGAAGCCUUAAACCUGCUUCCACUUCCAGUGAUGAUAGUUCAGCACAGCCUGAGAGGGUUUUGGGUAGUUAUUCACCCUUUCAUGCUGAUGGGGCUUUAUCUGAGACUCUGAAGCCAGCUGCUGCACCAAGUGCAGGAGGUUAUAGUGGCUCUCAUGGAAGGCAAGUAGAUGGUUACAGUCCUGAGGGAAGUGUUUCUAGUUACGGGCCAAGCCAACCAAUAAUUCGUAAGCCAAACCAACUACCUCAAGCUAACCCUAGUGCAAAUGGUGUCAUUCCAAGCAAAGCUGCCCCGUGGGCUUUCCCUUUGUCCCAUAAUCCAAACUCUUUUCAGUCUGGUAUUGCUUCAAGUUCUGCAAUUGUGAUGCACUCUGGUCCCUACUCCAAGCCCCAGAAGCCCAAAAACCUUCCAAAGCCCCAGCAGGCCGGUUACAAGCCUAAGCCCCACCAGCCCAAACCUCAGCCCAACCCUUCAAUACCCCUGCAGCCUAAGCCCCACCAGCCCAAACCUCAGCCCAACCCUUCAAAUCCCCUGCAGUCUUGGUACCAGCCCAAACCCCAGCAGACCAAGCCCAACCAGCCCUCCUACCCUUCAAGUCCUCUGCAAGCCAAGCCCUACCAGCCUUCAAAUCCUCAGCAGGCCAAGCCCUACCAGCCUUCAUACCCUUCAAAUCCUCAGCAGGCCGAUCCCCUGCAAGGGGUGCUCCAAAGUAAAGCUGGCAUGUGGGACUUUCCUUCCCAAGGAAGUGUUGCUUCUGGCUCUAAUGUGCAGCCCACUGACUCAAACUCGCACUUGAAAGUUGACCCAAGAAGUUUGAGAGAAAUUCCAAUGCCAUUCCCGUACCAGCCCAGGUGGCCGCAGCAACUGCUGCCAGUGUAG